AUGGGUGGAGUGUGGGAGCGGAUGAUUGGGAUUGCUCGUAGGAUACUCGACUCAAUGCUCAUGGACUUACAUUCAAAACAUCUUACUCAUGAAGUAUUGACGACCCUUAUGGCCGAAGUAUGUGCCAUCGUCAAUUCCAGGCCAAUCGUCCCAGUGUUGUCAGACCCAGAAGCCCCUAUGAUUCUCAGCCCAAACAUGUUGCUGACUCGGAAGACUUACAACAUUCCGACAGAUUUUGGACCAUUCAGCAUCAAGGAUAUGUAUAAAUCCCAGUGGCGCUGUGUCCAACAUCUUGCUAAUAUUUUCUUGGACCGCUGGAAAAAGGAAUACCUACAAACACUUCAAGUUAGGCGUAAAUGGCAAAAAACCUUACCUGAUCUCUGUGUAGGAGACAUUGUUCUUGUGAAAGACUCAAGCACUGCAAGGUGUGAGUGGCCGCUUGGAAUCAUUACUAACGCAAUCAAAAGUGCUGACGACAAAGUGCGUAAAGUGGAGGUGAAAAUAGUCAAGGACGACAAAUCCAUGACAUACACAAGGCCAAUAUCAGAACUGGUUCUUUUGAUUCAUGAGGACUGA